AUGGCUCCCGCGGAUCUGGCUGUCCGGCGCGCUUCUCACGAGACUCAUGCACUCUGCGCCCAAAGUACGUACCCUUACUGGUGCUCGCUCCUUGUACCUCCCAGGAAUUGCCGUGCUACGUUGCGUGGAACUGCUGGUGCAUCGUCAACUGGCGGUCCUGGUAGUAUUGGCGCAGGGUAUUCCUGUGAGUUCUCCAGCAGCCAGAGUCCUCUAGGCACGUUCAGCGACCUCACCAUCAACGACUGGUCCCCCUUGCCGGACAGUCCCCCCUUCAAGGACAAGCUCUCAUCUGGCCUGUCCCGGACGAAGCCCACCUGGGACUUCAGGAACUUAGCCCCGCCGUCCUCUCCCCCCACCAGUAUUGACGAGGAGGACGACAUCGACACUGUGCGGCACUGGCCCUUCGCUAGACGUAUCUUCGGCGACCUCUUGGACGACAGGUAUUUCCCUGCGUUGUCUGACGUUCUAAUAGAGACUCCUAAUUUCGAGCCGGAAGAUUGGGCACUUCUCCAGGCCAAUCUGCAAGACAGGCCUCUCAUUUUGCGUCAUUUCUGGUUCCGUUACGAUCGAGCGAUGAAGCGUGUAAUAUCCGGUUCGGCCAGCAGCCUGCAUCAACACGUCGCCACGGGUUGCGCGCAAAACAUCGCGCAACAGACCAUCAUGCCUGUCACCCAGAAGUUUCCCGUGGAUGGCAUGAUGGUGACGCAGAACGGCGCGAAGAUGCUGGUCCAAAAGGACCACAUAUUGGUACCGGACUGCCUCAUAGGGCUGACCGACCGUGUCAAGAACAACGUACUCAGUCUCAAUCUAGACGCUGACUGCGUUCUAGUUGAGUCUGCAAGAACGGAGAGUGUUCCUCACGUUCUUGCGAAGGUUACCGACUGCAUGCCGGUGGACGCUACACCAGUUAGAACGGGGGUGGGACGUACGUACGUCGAUGAAAUGGCAUCGGAGGCAGGAUCGGACGAGUCGGAGGAUGCGAUGGAGGAUGAGACGCAGACGCAGACCGAGGACGAGGACGAGACGCAGACGCAGACCGAGGACGACGACGGUAUGCAGACUCUGGCAGGACAGGAGAAUGAGCACACCGUAUCUUCUCCCCUUACCCCUCUCCAGGACCCGUCGUCUCCUCUGUCGCCUCUCUCCCCCGGCUCAAUGCCCUCUUCGACUCCCCCUCGUCUUCCUCCGCCUCUGGCGCCUCUGCCCCUGCAACCCGCCCAGGAAAUCUCAUCCAUGGUUUUCAUGGUGGUCUCCACGAAGGAGAAGGCCGUCAAGGAGCCACCGCCCGACGUGGACAUCAGCAAGAAGGAAUGGGUGGAGUUACCUUGCCCGGACGACAAAUGCCUCACCGGGGGACAUGCCUACGGUGGCAAGAUUUACGUAGGGGAGAUACGGGCUUACAUGUGGGUGUUCCAAGGAGCCGAGGACCACGCCUACCUCGCAGAGCACUGGAAAGACGACCUUGAAGCCUGGGUGAGGAGCGGCAAGGCUCUGCUACUGCACCGGAAGUACGCAACUCCUGCGCAGAAGGCAGCCCUGCUGCUGUGGGAAGCACGGUGGCGGGAGUGCAUGCUAACGGUGCGCGAAAAGGUUCUCCACGCCCUCAUCAUAGCGAAGUCCGUCCAGUCCUCGCCGGAGGAACUCGAGGAGUUCCAGAAGCUGUUCAAUCCGGAGCCCGACAUGACACUGCCACGCAUCAAGAGCCCGGUGGGAGCGGUGCGAAAGCUUGUCAACACCGGCAGCUGGCGCUUGGCAGAGGAAAGGUAUGAGAAGCAGAACCAGGCCACCACUUCGUACCAUUUUGACGGCAUCAUCGGCUCUGUGAAGGAGGCCUUCGUAGUCGGGGCCAACCUCAAGCGGGCCCUCGACGAAGGCAAUUUGGAAGCAGCCCAACGGGCUCUCAAACGGCGUCACCUCGACCACGCUAUCGUUGCGAAGAAGAGCUCCUUGAGCGACUCGGAGUACUUAGCGGACGGCUCGAGCGACCCGAUAGCCAGCGACCCCCUCCACGAUCCUACGUUCCGUCCUGAGGCAGACGACGGCUCGUACUCGCAGGACAGCAACUACGGCGACUCGGAGUCGUCGCAGCGGGGCGACUCAUCGCAGAGUACCAGCUCGUCGCAGGACGCCUCCGACUCGUCGCGGGAAGAAUCCGACUCGCAGGAUGAAUCCGACUCGUCACAGGGCUCGUCCUUGUAG